AUGUCUUCGAACAAUCAAAUCAAUCGAAGUCGUGAUCCUCGACAACGUGAUCGUUCCCGAUCUGAACUUCGUCGAACUGACAGUACUGAUCGUACAUGUACAACUCAAGACCAAUCUAUAUCGAAUACGUUGAUCAACGCUAAUCCACCACACAUCGAACAAGUUCAAUCACAGCCACCCACAGUUCACAAUGCUCAACAAUUUGCUUCAUUUCUCAGUAGAAGUUAUGGGCUUGAUUCAUCAGUUAUUCAAUCCAUCCACCGAGAUUCUCGACAUCGACAAAAUCCAUCCGGAACGACACAAGAACCACCAAAAUUUCAACAAACAAUAUCCACUCCUCUUUCGAUCGAUGAAACAUAUAAACAGUAUCUUUCCUCGAUUAAUCAAUCUUUACUUGAUGAUGAACUACGCCAGCGUUUUCAACGUAUUGCUUUACUCGAUAGCGAACUUGAUAAACUUCAUCGAAUGAAUUUUGAAUUAAGUAAAAAUAGUGGAAGACGCUCUCGACGACGUUCAUCGACCAAAGACAAAGAUCCUCUUUUGAAAGAAAACGAACAUCUGCAAGUGGAACUUAUGAAUUAUCUAAAAUCCUUGAAAACAACGAUGAUGAUAAAUUAUCCACUUUAUUCGUUGACUAAUCAAACAACUACCCGGCAGCAGUGA